UUGAUAUGCUUCCCUGCACGCAGAGACUGGUGUGUUUACAUUCACAGUGAUACAUGCGGCUUGUACAACAAUGACUACGGUUGCUUCCAAAGUUCCAUUUUCCGAACUUGCAGGACUACUCGAGAAAAUAAGCAAAAAGCAAGGAGCGGACAAAAAACUUCUGCUGCAAGAAUUCAUUAACCGCUGGCGUGAUUUCCAUGGAAAGUUGCAUGCAGACGAUGCUAAUACGACAGACAGUUUCUAUUCAGCAUUAAGACUUCUGCUACCCCAUUUGGAGCGAGAAAGAGCUGCAUAUGGCAUUAAGGAGAACACACUUGCCAAGCUGUAUAUAGAAGUGCUGUGCCUGGGAAAGGACAGCCCUGCUGCAGACAAGUUGAUUAAAUACAGAGCUCCCAAGAAUGCUAAAGGGGAUGCUGGUGAUUUUGCAACUGUGGCCUACUUUGUGCUGAAGCCCCGCUGCCCAGAGAAGGGAAGUUUGACCAUCGAGGAAGUGAACCAGUGCCUAGAUGGUAUUGCCACAAAUCAGACCACAGGAAAGAAAGAUUUAGUGAGAAAAAAUAUUCUGCAUCUGUUGAGGAACCUGUCAGCUCUUGAGCAGAAAUGGUUGAUAAGGAUGAUCAUGAAGGAGUUGAAGUGUGGUUUAAGUCAACAGGCCAUUUUAAAUGUCUUUCACCCUGAUGCCAAUGAAUAUUUCAAUGUGACCACAAGUUUAGAAAAGGUGUGUGCAAAUCUUAAAGAUCCUAGCACUCGUAUGCAUGAGAUAGAGAUAUCAGUGGGUGCCCCCUUCCAUCCAAUGUUGGGAGAGCUAGCAGUGCCCAAACAGCUUGAUAAAAUUAUGGAAGGAAAGAUGUUCUACAUAGAAAUCAAGUUUGAUGGAGAGCGUAUGCAGCUACACAAGAAAGAGGAUGAAUAUAUGUAUUUCUCAAGAAAUGGUCACAAUUACUCCAGAACCUUUGGUGAAAAUCCUUAUGAUGGAAAUUUAACCCCAUAUAUUGCUAACUGCUUCAAGCCAGGAGUGAAAAAUUGCAUUCUUGAUGGAGAAAUGGUAGGAAUACACCCAGAAACAAAAAUAAUUAGAACCAAAGGAGAAAAUUUUGACAUAAAAUCUGACACUAACCUAGAUGGUUACCAGCCUUGUCUUUGUGUGUUUGAUAUCCUGUUGCUGAAUGAUAGAGUUCUGUCCAACCUUCCACUCAGAGAAAGGAAGGAAAUACUGAAGGAUGUCUUUAAUCCAGUUGAAUGCAGAAUGUUUAUUGCUGAAAGCAAAGAGGCAACCACAAGCAAGGAGUGUCUUCAAGCAUUGAAUGAUGCCAUUGACAAGAGAGAAGAGGGGAUCAUGGUGAAGAACCCAGACUCUGUGUACAAACCCAGUGUGCGCAAAGGUGGCUGGUACAAGAUCAAGCCUGAGUACAUGAGGGGUUUGGGAGAUGACCUAGAUGUCCUGGUGGUGGGAGGGUACUUUGGUGUGGGGGCCAGAGGGGGACUGGUGUCACACUUCCUGUGUGCUGUGGCUGAGCCCUUUGAGCCUGGAGAGAAGCCCUCCAAAUUCAGGUCAUUUUGUCGGGUGGGAUCCGGAUAUAGCAGGAAAGAGCUGUUUGAAUUCAACAGGCGUAUGCAAGAUAAAUGGAUUCCAUAUUCAGACAGGAAAGGGCCCCCCAGUUGGCUAAUAUUGGGCAGGGAAAAGCCCAGUCUCUUGGUAGAACCCUCAGAUUCCACUAUACUGCAAAUCAAAGCCUCUGAGAUCACCUCAGACAGUGACAAGUUUGGCACUGGGUGUACCUUGAGAUUUCCACGUGUAGAAAAAAUACGCUCUGACAAGCCAUGGCAUGAAUGCUUGACAUUUACAGAAUUGAAGGAGCUACAGGAGCAAUUUGCUGGUAAGCUAGCAGGUCGCCAUGCAGAUGAGGACCAUGAAGAUGAACCGAUAAAGAAAAAGAAGAAAGUUGUUGUAAGACAGGAGAAACCUUUAGUUGCUCCACAGUUUAGAGCGACUGAUACUUCACAGGUUAAAAAGGUAUCUGAACUUUUUGAAGAUAAAGAAUUCUGUGUGGUCAAUGGGUCAAGUAAACAUUCCAAAGCCAGCCUCGAGAAGAAGAUUGUUGAGUAUGGGGGAACUGCGGUUCAACAUCCAGGUCCAGAGACGUUUUGUGUGCUAUGUGACAAAGUGCAAAUGAAAGUGAAAAAUAUCAUCAGCACCAACAAACAUGACGUAGUGAAGUUGGACUGGUUGGUGAGAUGCACAGAGGCUAGGAGACUUCUGCCUUGGGUUCCAUCUGAUAUGCUGCAUGCCAGACCAGAAACAGAAGCCUUGUUUAAACAGAAUUAUGAUGAUUAUGGAGACAGUUACACAGAAGAUACCACCAUAGACCAGCUCAUGGUUGUUUUCAAGAAAGUGCAAGAAGAGGGUAAAUUGAAACCAGUGAGCACAGAUUUUAUAGCUGAGAUAGAAAAUAAAUAUUUUGUGGAAGGUUCUACAUAUGGUCUGUUCAGGCUAUGCAGGGUGUACCUAGAUGACAACACAGUGAUUGGUGACAAAAGCACCCACAUAAAGGACUGUAGCUUGGAGCUGACCAGCUUAGAACUGAGGAUGUAUGGAGCUACUCUGUGUGAAAUGUUGAACGAGGAUGUCACCCACGUAGUUUUAUGUGACAGAGACCUGGGAAGGAUUGACAAAUUCAGGAGUCUUAAUCGCUCCAGAUGGCAGAAAUUCCAUAUUGUUACACAAGAUUGGGUUAGUGACUGUAUAGAUAAUGGGAAGAUUCUUGGAGAAAGAGGAUAUGAACCAGCAUAGGGAAUUUUGAAAAGACUGUCCCAAGCUCACAGCAUUGUAUCAGUCUGUUCUCAUCAUGCAAUAAAAUGAAGACUUAGAAUAUACUGGGGUUUACUAUAUAUAUAUAUAAAGAUAAAUAUACUGCAUGCUAUGUCCACCUUUUUUUCAAUACAAGUGUCACAUAACAGAGCUGCUUUGGCAAGA